UUUUCUAACGAGAAAGAGUAAGAGAGAAUGGCACUGCCACUCAAAUCAACAUCUUCUAUGUCUUCUUCUCAAUGUUCAUAUUCAUCAUCACCAAACUCAACCUCCAUGAAACUCAAAUCCCUAAUCCAAACUCUCAUCUUUUCUCAUGUUUGUCGACUAAUCCGUGAAAUCUCUAGAGCUUCAUCCAUUCUUGUUAGAGUCUUGAAGAAGAAGCAAUACAAUCUCUUAUCAGUGUCUUCUUUACGCUAUCCAAAAAGAGCCUCCAAGAAACAAAAGAGCAAUAUUUUGUUCGGUUCUUUCAGACUUCACUACAACUUUUGCUCCUCUCACGUAGUGCCUGUCUCUGCGCUAAGACGUCUCCCUCAAGAGCUCUACUUAGCUCAUCUCCAGUACGACUCCACUUGGGAGUCAAUGUAUUCGACUGAAUCAAUGGAUUUUCCCGAUGAUUUUGAUGAUGAUGAUAUUCAAGAACCAUCUCAGCUUACUAGCUAUCUAAGACAGCUAGAAGAUAAGGUUAAAGACGACAAAGAAGAAGGAAAAGAGAUGAUGAUGAUGAAUGAGAUUGAUAAAUUGGCUGAUAUGUUUAUAGCAAAUUGUCAUGAGAAGUUCAUGUUGGAGAAGGUUGAUUCGUAUAGGAGAUCCCACGAAAUGCUGAACAGAAGCAGUUGAUAAUGAUGAUGAUGAUGAUGAUGAUGGGGGCCAGUCGUUUCUUUAAUUUAUUUUAAUGUAAUUUUCACUUUUUCUUUCUUAACAUGCUUUGAGUUUUCUAAAAAAAUGUGUAUUGGAAGCAUAGAGGAUGGAUUGUGUGGUGUUUGUUGUG